AGAAACAACAUUAGUCACUGACUUGCGUUGUUUCUCUAUGGAACAGCUGACGAAAAGCAAACACAGACGUUCGAUAUUUACUGCUGAUUCACUGUGCUAGGUUAUGUUCAAUAUUUUCUACAAGCAGUGAUACUUUGAAUCAAGUGUUUCAAUACGUUUUCGAAAAUUUCAUUAAUUUAAUUAUGGAGAAUAAUGAAGAUAUCGUUCCAAAAAAUAAGCGGAAAAUAGGUGUAGUGAAUAAGUCAUCUUAUAAAAGUGAAACAAUAAAAAAAGCGCGCAUUGUUGGAGCUGCAUACACAAACUAUGCCGGGAAGGAUAUUCCUCAAAGAAAAACCAGGAGAUGAUUGCAAGUGCAGAAGAAAAUGCUAUGAAGUAAUUGGUGAGGACGAACGACUACAGGUUUUCAGCAAGUUCAUAUCUCUAAACACCAAGAACGAACAGGAUUGUUAUCUGCAAACUUUGAUGUCAACUACUGAGGUGAAACAAAGGAGGAGACGAAAGACCCCUGAAGAAUCAUCAAAACCAGAAAGAGGUGCUACAUUCUUAUACGAAAUUUCUACACCAGAUGGUAAGCAUCAAGUUUGCAAAUUAGCUUUCAUGAACAUUCAUUCUGUGACGAGUGAGAGACUUCGAAGACUGGGUAAUCUUUUGAAAGCAGGAAAACUCCCUCAGGAUCAACGUGGACGAAAUGUUUCAGGCAAUGCCAAACCUGAAAGUGUUAUCAACAUGGUGAAAGAGCAUAUAUCUUCCUAUCCAACCAAAAUAACUCACUAUGGUAAUACUGAGAAUCACUUUCUCAAUGAAAAACUCUCUGUUUAUGAUAUGCAUAAAGCCUUUCAAAAAAAGUAUCCAGAAGUCAGUGUUAAUUACAAAUUCUAUUUGAAAAUAUUCAAGACGCAAUUUUCUCUAAGAUUUGGAUUACCACAAGUUGACACUUGCUGCACAUGUGAAGAGUUGCAGGUGAAAAUCAAGAGUUCAAAAGUGUAG